AGCAUACUGUCUUGGUUAGAUAGCCUCAGUGAUAACUUAUGAUGGAGACAAUUCGACCAUGCGGUUGCAAAGGGAUUCGAACAUGCCUUAUUUGUGAAAGCAAAUAUGGAAUAAAUCCAACAACGUCAGCUGUGAAUCUGAAAGAUAAACCAACUUAUGUUUACUGUCCUCAAUGCGACAAGGCUUGGCCAGGUUGGAACUUAGACAGCAACAAACAUCCAGAUCACAUUGGAGAGCCGAUACAGUAUCCUGGGGUUUAUAUUAAGCUAGAUUUCUUAAGUGAAGAUGAAGCCGAAACCUUGAUUGAAGACCUAGAUGCUUUACCGUGGGAUCUUUCUCAGAGCGGUCGCAGAAAACAGAAUUAUGGACCCAAAUGCAAUUUCAAAAAACGUCGCCUGCGUUUGGGAAAUUUCUUAGGCUUUCCAUCUACGACCAAAUUUGUUCAAGAAAGAUUCAAUAACGUUCCGAUUCUUGAAGGCUUCAAAACAAUAGAACAAUGCAGCUUGGAGUACAACCCUAAACGCGGUGCAUCGAUCGACCCUCAUAUCGACGAUUGCUGGAUCUGGGGAGAGCGUAUUGUCACUGUUAAUGUCAUUGGCGACUCGGUUCUCACAAUGACACCUUAUAGAGAUAGCUUAGAGAGAUAUAAUUUACUUGACGUCGCAACCUAUCCUCCCGUUGUUAAGCCUAUCCAAGAUUCAAAUGAAGCCUCAAUCAAUCUAGAUGAAAUGGAAAACGCCGUUAUACGAUUGCCUAUGCCUGCAAGAUCACUGAUGGUUUUAUACGGAACUGCGAGAUACGACUGGGAACAUGCUGUUUUGCGGGAGGAUAUUGAAAGCCGUCGAGUCUGUAUCGCAUACCGUGAAUUUACACCACCUUAUCUUCCAGGAGGUGGACUUUUCAAAGAAGCGAGUGACAUUUUAAAAAAUGCAAAAAUGUUUUGGUGAUAGCAGUAACUGUAAAAAAAUAACGCAAGACGGACUAUAUUGUUUCGAUCAAGCGUUAUUCAACACAUAUUGUACAUAAAUGUACCAAUAAAUUUUGGGUUAAUCAUCACGA